AUGGCGCUGCAGGCGCGUCAGGAGGAGCAGAUCUUGCAGUACAUCGAGGAAAGCAAUUCCUCGGGGAGGUUGGCAUCGGGGUGGGAUCAACUGAAGGAGUUCCUGCUGGCGGAGGGGCUAGCGUAUUACCAGCAGGUCCCACCGAACCAGAUGGGCAUCGACAUUCGGAACCGCAGCGGUUCGUUAGUGAACCCUGCGCGGGCUCACAAUUUAGGCGCGAAGAUUUGCGCCCAGGGCUUCGUCUUGGCCAAGACGGCUGCAGCCACUGCCUUCGAGGCCCCGCAGGGGGCGCAGUUGGAAGAGACCGCGAUGGCGAACGACCGCCUUUCGCGGCUCAGCGGGGGUCGGUGCCCCCCGCUGGACUCAUUGCGGUAUACGUCAGUGGGCGGCUCCCACACGAACGUCUUCCUCCGCUGCGUGCUGGCCAAGGCGCCGACCACAGUGAAGGCGCUGGCAGACUCUCGGGACAACAUCGACUCCGAAAAGCUGUGCGCGUUGCAUCCGCAACUUGCGACGGCAGUCAAAAAGGGCCUGACGUGGUUGAUCAUCAAGCACGCGGUGGCCAAAGUGAAGGGCCUGAAGAACUUCGUGCAGAGGGCUUUGAACGCCGACGUCAGGGAGGCGGCAGGUGGGCGGAUGCUCUUGGCACACAGCCUCGCUGAGGGUUCCAGCAAGCCCGAUUGGCGCGACAUCGCCGAGCAAGCGGGCCACGCGAACCCACCUUGCAAGGCGUGGAUCGCUGACUUGUGCAAGUUUGUUGAGCUCGGGCCACAAAACGGAGAACUUCUCCGUGAAAUAGAUGAAGCCCUCAAGACCUUCACGAAUGUGGACGUCUCGGGGCAAACUUUGAUGUGCGGCUCUGAAUUCUGGCGCAAGUUGAAUUCGAUUAAAUGGGGGAAGCACCAGGAGUCGCACCCGUAUGUCGUAGCGGCGCUCGUGAAGGCCAACUAUUCAGGCGAGCACGUGGUGGAUAGCAUGUGCAGGACCAUCCAUAAGCUUGCAAACGAGAUCGUCCACGUCGCGUCCCGCAAGGCGGACGUGGCUGCGGCCGACAACCUCAUGGCCGACGCAAGGUCGCUCGUGAAGAGGUUGGAUAUCGGAGCGGAGCAGGGCUUCUUGCACAUCACAAAGUUGGAUGUCCGCUGUGCCAUGUACCUGGUGAAGAAGCGAGUCUUCCUCCAUGAGCUCGGGGAGCCAGCCCAGCUGCAGAUGAAGAGCUUGGGGAUCGAGUUCGGCAAGGCGGUGCAGACCGACAAGCAAGGCGAUGGCGCACCCGAGUUCCCAGCGAGCGCCGAUGCAGACGCGCCGCGCGCGGCAGCGUCGUCGGCCGCUGAGUUGAAGAGCAACGUCUUCCGCAUGCGGCGUGCAGGGUUCGACGUGGGGAAGCACAUCGUCCAGAAGAAGGAGGUGGAUGACGUCUUCGAGGUGCUCUCCAUCUCGGAGAAUGGGAUCACCGCUCAGAAGAAGUUGCACGGCGACCUGGUGGGCGAAGAGAUCUCCAUUGCGCGGCUGCAGCCACCCCUAAACAUAUUGCUCGAGAAUUACAAGUUGACGUCCAGGGUGCAGGAGCAGUUGCCGUUCACGAAGGAGCACUUGCCGCCAGCCCACGAGGGUUGGGCGAUGGACGCGUUCAAGGGGGCAUGCAACAUGGCGCUGCGGCUCCAAGCGCUGAAGUACCAGGCGAACAUUUUGCACUUGGAGAUCCUGCAGGACCCACCUGCCGCGCGCUGCAAGCGAGCGUUCAAAGUGGGUGAGCUCGUCAGACUUGUGCUUCCGCAAUCGUCCGCGCCCCCCUCCGACGACGCCGCGCUGCAGCGCUGCGCUGAGCACGAGGUAGCGAGGAUUUCGGGGCACGUCAGCACGGGCUGCGUUGCGGAGAGCAUCUCGUUGGGGAAGGUUGGCCUCUACGAGUUCUUCGUGGGCCCGCAGUUCGCAGGGCCCCCCGCUGAGGGGUCGCGGGGCCCCGACGCCUUUGUCAGCCCCUUCUGGGUGGUGGCAAAGUCCGACUCAGAGCCCAACAUGGAGCUCCGAAAGGAGACCGUGACGUUCGGGACAGGCGUCAACAAGGUGCAGGUGGGGGUGCCCCAGAUGCAUAACACUUGCGCCCUGUCCGCGGGCGACUUCCUGGCGGUGAAGCCGUGGCCGCGGCUGCAGCCGCGGCCAGCCAAGAAGCUCGGGACGGCCUGA